AUGAUCAAAUUACAAGCAGCAUCUGGCGCACAGCGAGACCGCCUAUUGUAUCCUCAACACUUCAAAAUCAACUCCAAGCCCCAUCGAAAGACAAUGGUACCACACUUAGCCACGAGAAUCUCCCUGCACUCUCUGUCCCUCAUCCUCCUCCUCUCACCAACCUCCAUCGCCGCCACAAACCUCAUCCCACAUAAACCUCCCGCCCGCCUCCUCGCCCGAGCACCCCCGACAUCUUCCUUCCAAGACUUUUCCGCCAUCGUCGUCGCCGCCCAAUGCCGCCCCGGAGAGUUCACCUGCAACGCCGGCUGCAUGCCCCAGCGCGCCGAGUGCUGCCCCGACGGCCUCGGAUACUGCAAGCAGGGCUAUGCCUGCGUCGUCGACGGCUGCUGCCCCAUCGGACACACCUGCGGCGACGAAAUCACCUGCGACUUGGGCGAGGUGCCCUGCGGCGAGAAGUUGUGCAUGCCUGAGGGGGCAGUGUGUUGUCCAGAUGGGGGCUAUUGUCAUGCUGGGGAGGAGUGUUUUCAGAACGGGUUCAAGCAGUAUUGUCAAAAGGCCGAUGGGAAUGGAAGCACGACGACUGGAAGAACCAGUACUAGUAACAUUGCUGAGACGACGACGACGACGACGACGACGGUGCGAGGCCAGAGCACGGCUUCGUCUCUGGCCCUGAGCACCAAUACGAAUGCUGAGGAAACUUUUGCUUCAACGACUGCAGAGACACAGACAGUGGCGCCGACCUCAUCUUCCACGUUACCGCAGGAUACCUCUUCCGAGUCUGUCACCAGCACAACUUCGACGCCAGCAGUGAUUUCAUCGCCCCCCUUUCGCCCAGAAGAGUCAUCAAGUUCGUCACCUGCAACGACGACCACUUCAUUUACUUCGCUCUCUUCUUCUUCUUCUUCAGCAGCCGGAUCAGCAACGACGACUUCAACUAGCGAAGGCAACGCCAUAGCCGAGAAUGGGGUGUUGGGGGCAGCAUUGGCAUUAGUUGCUGUAUAUAUGAUGGCACUCCUUUGA